AAGUGCUUUUAGGAGAUAUACCAAAGGUUCAUCUCCAAGCCCAAGCUCGUAUUAAAAGGUCUCAGCAGUUACAAAAGCUUCGACACAAUUCUCGCAUACAUAAAGACAAGUUGGGUGAGAAAUGGGAAGGACCUUUUUAUGUUUACGACAUCCUGGGAAAUGGCGUUUAUAAACUGAGAACUAUGGCUGAUAAAGUCUUAAAACAAAAAGUGUACGGCAAUCGACUUAAAUUAUAUCAGCCACCCCCCAGAG